AUGAUAUAUGAAGAAGAUGCAAAGGAAUGGGCUCUGUACUUGAGGGAAAUAUUUUGACAUGUUAUGAAAAGAGAAGCAAUCCUAUUAUAUUGCUUGGAAAGUUUCACUAUUCAACAUUUGGAAUUGCUGAGCUUGAAUUCUUACAAAUGUAAAUUUUUGAAAUUAUCAAAUAGCCUGCUUAAAGACCUAACUCCAAAGAAAUGUCAGUUUCUGGGAAAGGUAUUACACUCAUCAGAAAGUGUUGUGACUCUGCUUUGUGGAAUGCAGAGUUCAGAUCUACUCUAUAAGUCAUUAAACAUCUCUGAGGGCAGAUGGGAGAUCUCUACUGAGCAGGAGCCAGAGGACUCCAUCUCAGUCAUCAAGUAAAUCUUAUUCAGAGGUUCUGAAGAAUACCUUGAGGUCAGCAUUCCAAUGGACCAAAGAGUAAAGCAUUCUGGGAAAGGAACAGUGAGAAAGGAAAUUGGCAAUCUAGAAGCCUCAAGUCCAGCCAGGCCUCUGGUAGUGGUCUUUCCAGCUGAAGUCUCGUGUCAGAAUCCUGGUGAGAUAUUCAUUCUUUUGAAAGAUGAAGUAAGUGGUGAGACUCUGGAGGUUGAAUUUAUAUCAGAUAAUAGCCACAUUAGAACACAGCCAGCCUAUUGGAGUAAGAACGUCUGGAGUAUGAAAGCAUUAGAUUUUCCUGCUGGAUCAAUCAUUGUUAAUGUCUACUGUGAUGGAGUUAUGAAGGCCACAACAGAAAUUAAAUAUUGCACAAAAGCUACUGGGUGCCCAGUUAGAGUACCAGAUCCAAGAGAUGUUUCGUCCCAAAAUAACCUUGAAGAACUUGAUGGUGUUCUUGCAUCCAUGUUCAAACUUGAGCUACCAUAUUGUGGAUUCAGAUCUCCCCAAACUGAAGUUUACUGUCAAAACCAAGAUACUCAUGUUAAGGAACUGCCAACACUUCUCCACUGUACAGCAAAACUUGGCUUAAGGAGGCUAGCAGCUCAUCUGCUUCAAUGCUCAGGAGCUGCUUGGGCAGCUAAGGUGAAAAGUAUUGAUGGGUUAGACCUGGCACAUGUUGCUGAAAGACAUGGACACAGAGAGCUCAAGAAAAUCUUUGAAGACUUCACAAGCCAAGAAAUUGGCAGAAAUAAUGAGCAAGAAAAUGACUCUGAAGAGGAUAUUGACACAUUUUACACAUUUUCUCCCUCUACACAGUUUCCAACAUUUCAUCAUGAAAAGAGCAAGACUCACAGGCUGAGUACAGAUGGAGCUGAGCAAUCUGAAAGGGCCAGGGAAACAAAGCAGAAUGAAUCCAGUGCAAAGGCAACGCUUAGCCCUCCAGAGAUUGACAGCAGAUGUCCUGAGGACCAGUAUGAUGACUUGUAUGUGUUCCUUCCUGGAACUGAUUCAAAAAACAAUCCACAAGGAUCACUUGUGUGCUGCAGACCACCACUGCCCGCCCCACGAUCUGUGUCUGGUGCCUUCCAACUAGAGAGACCUCGCUUCUCAUUGCAAGGAAAAAUUGUGAAGGAUCAAAUGGAAAGAAGUCAAAAGUGGAUUGAUUCUCAUAUAAGACACGAACCAAGAGAUGAGUCCAGUGACAUUGAGAGUAAAGAUGAAAAGGACCCGGAGGAGGAGGACCCAUACACGUGUGCUGAGGCUGAUGACCACGAGUAUGACCUGAUCCUGACCAGCAUGAGUGUAAGGAAGAACACUGGAGGCCGGUCUUUCAUCCUCAACAGACCUCCUGCCCCCACACCCAGACCUGCCAGUGUCCUUCCCAAAGAGCAAGCAAUGCCUUACAUAGCACAAGUGUUCCAGCAAAAGGCAGCCAGAAGACAAUCGGACAGUGAUACAUCCUAUGGGGUUCCUAAGAAACCAGACAAAGCUCAGACAGAGAGUCUAGUCUUCUCGAUUCCAAGAGACUGUCUGACCUCUGGGCAGGAAGAACUCAUCCUUCUGCAAGAGAAAGUCAAGAAUGGAAAAAUGUCUGUGGAUGAAGCCCUGGAAAAGUUUAAACACUGGCAGAUGGGAAAGAAUGGCUUGGAGGUGAUCCAGCAGGAAAAACUACGCCAAUUACGGGAUAGCAUAAUUGGGAAAAGAUCAGAAGAAGAAAAUGCCUAUGAUAAACUCACCAUUGUGCACCAUCCGAGUGGUAAUACUACCCACAGUGAAAAUAUGCUAUAUACUAUUCCCUGUAGCAACAAGGAUACAGAUUCUGAAAUGGCCCAGAAUCCAACCAAAUGGCAAAAGAAGAUAAGCACCAGUGAUCAGAGAAAGGCAAGUGCUAUAUCUCUGAAGUUCAUUCCCCACCAAAAUGGCAAAGACAACUGGGGAGGCACUGGAUUGAAACCAUCAUUGCAUUGCGCUGCCAGUUACUGCAACGGCAGCAGGACUCUGAUCUGCCCCCAAGCUAAGCUAAUCAAAGGAAGAGUUGCACUGAGACAGCCAAGAGCAGUCACAGAUGUGAAGGUUAAACAAGAUAUCCUCCCCACUGGCAAGGACAUAGAAGAUGAAUCAGAGGAGGGAGCGACUGCAGGUCCAACCAAGAGCAAACUGCCCAAAGUGGGGUCGUGGGUGCAGUCAGUCAAGGAUGAAAAGGAAAUGGGUAGUUUGAGAGCUGCGGAGGAAAAUGAAGCCAUAGGCUGCUCUCCCUCCCUCCACCCACCAACUGCUGGCCCAGACCCAGAAGUGCAAUGA